AAUUAUAUCACCUUGGGCAAGUCAGCCUACCUCUUUUAGUUUUAAAUUCUCACCUAAAGAGAGAGAGCUUGGACUGGUUUUUAAAGGUCCACCCAUAGAAUAGUCUGUGAACCUAUAUAAAUGAAAAUUAUUAUCUCUUCUGUGUCAAGUUAUAUAGGUGUAUUUCUGUAGUAUGAAUCAUUGUGAUAAUCACACCUUUCCCAAUAGCAACUAUUUAUAAUGAAAGUACUUUAUUGCCACUUCGAUUGAGCAUUUCAUGUUUCAGCCAGUUAAUUGAGUAUUUUAUGCGUGUUAUCCCAUUAAGUACUUGGAAUAACCCUGCAAAACAGAUAAUAUUUCUGCUUCAUAGUAGAAGAAACCAGAAGCUCAGACAAUUUAAAUAAUCAGGCUGGGCUCACUCAGGUGGUAAUGGGGAAGCUGAGGGGUUGAACCCCAAUCUUUUGGCUCUGAAGCCUGCAUUCUUUAUCAAGGCUGUAACCCACGGUACACAAUUAUUACCAUAAAGUAGUAUUUUAUGUACAUAGCCGAGGUGAAAUGUCUUAUAAAAAGACAAGUCUCAGUCUCUGAAAGCAAUCUGUUUAACAUUUUUAAAAAUGAAAGAAAAGGGAGGUACUUUCUGGUAUGUUGACUAAUGGGGCCACGAAUUUUAAUAUGUCACUGGGCAGCACAUCAAACAACGGAAGAAGGAUUGUUCUCCAUAAUAUGAGAGGACCCAGAAACCACCUGCUUCAUAAGUAAUGCAACUCGUUCUUUGACUCAACCCACUUGUAUAUGGAUUCUGCCCCACAGUCUGUGAUAACUGCCUCUGCCACCCUGGUUCUUAUUAGGGUCUUGGCUGGUCCCUCUGCCCGGCAGAUCAUUUCCUUCAAAGUAGCACUGGGAUCUCAGCCUUGUUGGCCAUCUCUGAGAGUCAUUUCCUGACCUUCCGAUUUAAAGUAGCCACUUGUCCAAACUCACUAUCUCAUCAUCCCUGUUUAGGUGUCUACAUUGCACAUAUUGCUGUAGGAUAUUUUUAUUUGUUUCUUGUGUUGUUUUGACUGCUUUCUCCCGCUUGAAUGAAGUUCAUUUCAUUGAGAGCAGAGACCUUCUCUUUUACUCACUACUCUACUCCCAGCCCUGGAGCUGUGGCUUGAUCACACUAGGCUUUGUCUGGCUGUCUAAUCCACCAUCUAUUUGUCUAUUUCUUCUCCUCUGUCUGUUCUUUCUCCCUCUUUUCUUCCCCCGCUCCAUAUAUCUAUCUGUAAAAUGGCUUGGCUAUGUGGUUAGAGUAAAUCUGCUUCUCCGUUUAGGAUGUGGGGAGGACCCUCAUAUUUCCUUUAUAGUUAACCACUUUAACUUCUGAUUUUUUUUUUUUUAGUUGCUCCCUUUUUGAAUCAAGCCCAAGAUACAGUACAAUGUUGAAAAACUGAGCUUUAAUUACAAAAGUGUAAUAAAAAAAUGGUUUCUUAUCACCUUCUUGUUUUCUUUUGCCAGGGCUGUGUGCUUGAAUUACCCCUUCAGCCAGCUCAUUCUGGAUGAAUGAAUGAAGAACACUUAAGUGUUAUUCCCCUGCCUCUAGGGGAUCAUUUCAUGGACUCACUUGCCAUACUUGUUAACCAUGCUGCCUUGUUCUAGGACCCCGUAAAGCCUACUGACUGUUAAUCUUCCUCGGAGCACAGACUAGAACUUCAGGUAACUCCAGCUCACAUGAGUUGUGGUUCACUUCAAGGGGCACGACUGUGAUCAAGGUUAAAAUGGGGAACUCUGAAAGUCAGUACACCCUUCAAGGAUCUAAAAAUCAUAGCAAUACUAUUACUGGUGCUAAGCAAAAGCCUUGCUCCCUGAAGAUACGCAGCAUUCAUGCGAAAGAUGACAAGUCACUGCACGGAUGGGGGCACGGAAGCAGCGGAGCGGGUUACAAGUCCAGGUCCCUGGCCCGAAGCUGCCUUUCUCACUUUAAGAGCAAUCAGCCUUAUGCAUCCCGACUGGGCGGACCCACAUGCAAAGUCCCCAAAAGCAGUGCCUACGCCAAGCACAGGACGGACGCCUCAGGAAAUGAUUUCCAGAGCCGCAGCACGGCCUUCUCCGCGGGGAACGGCUUCCACUAUGUCGGCCACGAGCGGCCGGACGCCCACGUGGCCUCGAGGGACUGCAAUGGACACCUCCUCAACUGCUACGGGAGGGACGAGAGCGUGGCAGCUAGGCCGUGCGACGAGGACCGCAAGAGCCCCAGGGUGCUCAUCAAGACGCUGGGGAGGCUGGACGGCUGUCUGCGGGUCGAGUUCCACAGCGGCGGCCAGCAGGACGGAGGGCCCCCGGGGGACGCGGGCGGCCCGGUGCGGCUGCUGCGCUACUCGCCCACCUUGGGCCCCGGGCCCGACUCGCCCCCGGACUCGCGCCCGCGCUCCAGCAAGGGCAGCUCCCUGAGCUCCGAGUCAUCCUGGUAUGACUCCCCCUGGGGCCCCACGAGCGAGGCCAGCGAGGCCGAGGGCUCCCUCCUGGUGCCCGGCACGCCCGCCCCCCGCCUCUGCGCCGACUUCCCGCCGCCCGGGGCCCCAAAGCCGUUCAACCAAAGCUCGUCCCUGUCCUCGCUCCGGGAGCUCUACCCCGACCCCAGCCCGGCGCCCUCGGGCCUGCGGCUGUCGGACGAGUUCGUGGGCGCGCACGCCAGCCUCAGCCACCGCGUGUCCUUCGCCUCGGACAUGGACGUGCCCUCCCGGGUGGAGCGCAGGGACCCCGGCCCGUACUCGUCCUUCACCCUCCCCUGCCGCAAGUCCAAGGCCUUGACCGAGGACUCCUCCAAGAAGGACACGCUCAAAGCCCGCAUGCGCCGCAUCAGCGACUGGACGGGGAGCCUCUCCAGAAAGAAAAGGAAGCUCCAGGAACCGAGGUCCAAGGAAGGCAGUGACUACUUUGACAGCCGCUCAGAUGGACUGAAUGUGGACGCGCAGGGGCUCUUCCAGGUGUCUCCUUCACCUUGGUCUGGGGGCUCAGCUCAGAUCCUGUCCCAGAGAAGCGAAUCUGCUCAUGCAAUUGGCAGUGAUCCCCUCCAACAGAACAUUUAUGAGAAUUUCAUGCGGGAGCUAGAAAUGAGCAGGACCAACACAGAGAAUGUAGAAACGUCCACAGAAACCGCGGACUCCAGCAGCGGGUCCCUCAGCUCUUUGGAGCAACUUGAUCUGCUCUUCGAGAAGGAGCAAGGGGUGGUCCGGAAAGCUGGAUGGCUGUUCUUCAAACCCCUUGUCACUUUGCAGAAGGAAAGGAAGCUCGAAUUGGUGGCCCGGAGGAAGUGGAAACAGUACUGGGUAACACUGAAAGAUCCAGCAAUGGGAGCAGAACCUGGAGAAGUUUCACAUGGAUCUGUUUAGGAUGCGUUGCUAUCUGGCCAGCCUACAAGGCGGGGAGCUGCCAAACCCCAAGAGCCUCCUCGCUGCUGCCAGCCGCCCCUCCAAGCUGGCCCUCGGCAGGCUGGGCAUCUUGUCGGUUUCUUCUUUCCAUGCUCUGGUAUGUUCUAGAGAUGAUUCUGCUCUCCGGAAAAGAACACUCUCACUGACCCAGCGAGGAAGAAACAAGAAGGGUAUAUUUUCUUCAUUAAAAGGGCUGGACACACUGGCGAGAAAAGGGAAGGAGAAAAGACCUUCUGUAACUCAGGCGAGUUCCUCAGGCCAGGAGGGACAGCAGACUUAGUGGGAGAUCCUUGAUAGUCAGCAGAUCAUAAAUGCUCGUCAUCCGUUAAGAAUGAGAUGAAAGUUGAGUCAGAGGAAUGCGGUCCUGGCAUGGGCUUUUUCCAAAUGGGAACACACAAGUCGCCCAGCCUCCUUUUGGCACUUCCGGAAAGGUAUUCACACCUUGCUCACAGCUGCAGCUCCAGGCACAUGUAAUCAGAUGAGAAUCCACACUUUUCAUUGCCUUUAGAAUAUUUUUCCCCCCUAAGAUUUGAUGUUAAAAUAAACAUGUCAAAUUAAUAAUAGAGUAAUGGCAACCAAAUU